GUUCGCUGAGUCCCGGGAGCUAUUCUCGCGAGAAUACGGCUGGAGGCUCCUGUUCGCUGGCUCUGGAACUGCGACCACUGGAGCUGAGCGGGCGCUGCAGCUGGAGCGGGUGACCAGCUGCUCAACUCGCCGUCGGCCUAGUCCGGGAGCUGGUGCAGCGAGACUGCGGCGGGCGCAGCUUUAAGCCUCAGAGCGUGCUCUUGCCCUUAGUCGGGCUUGCCCAGGUCUCUCAAGCGCAUCCAGCCGCUGCAGCUGACAGGGGCCGCGCGCGCGCGCGCGCGGGAGUCUGCGGGGUCUCGAAGCCACACCUGCGCGGGCGGCCAGCGCUGGGUCCCCGCCCGCUCGGGCGGGCAACUAGGGCCGGGAAGAGGGUGCGGGUGCAGGCGGAGGCCCAGCAGGGCCACCUCCUCGCCCCGCGGCUGCCGCUGGAAAAUGUCUCAGGAGAGGCCCACGUUCUACCGGCAGGAGCUGAACAAGACAAUCUGGGAGGUGCCUGAGCGUUAUCAGAACCUGUCCCCGGUGGGCUCCGGUGCCUAUGGCUCUGUGUGUGCUGCUUUUGACACAAAAACUGGGUUACGUGUGGCAGUGAAGAAGCUGUCCAGACCAUUUCAGUCCAUCAUUCAUGCCAAAAGGACCUACAGAGAGCUGCGGUUACUUAAACAUAUGAAACAUGAAAAUGUGAUUGGUUUGUUGGAUGUGUUUACACCUGCAAGAUCUCUGGAGGAAUUCAAUGAUGUGUAUCUGGUGACCCAUCUCAUGGGGGCAGAUCUGAACAACAUAGUGAAGUGUCAGAAACUUACGGAUGACCAUGUUCAGUUCCUUAUCUACCAAAUUCUCCGGGGUCUAAAGUAUAUACAUUCAGCUGACAUAAUUCACAGGGACCUAAAACCUAGUAAUCUAGCUGUGAACGAAGACUGUGAGCUGAAGAUUCUGGAUUUUGGACUUGCUCGACAUACUGAUGAUGAAAUGACAGGCUACGUGGCCACGAGGUGGUACAGGGCUCCUGAGAUCAUGUUGAACUGGAUGCAUUACAACCAGACAGUGGAUAUAUGGUCAGUGGGAUGCAUAAUGGCCGAGCUGUUGACUGGAAGAACGUUGUUUCCUGGUACAGACCAUAUUAACCAGCUUCAGCAGAUUAUGCGUCUGACGGGGACACCCCCUGCUUAUCUCAUUAACAGGAUGCCAAGCCAUGAGGCAAGAAACUAUAUUCAGUCUUUGACCCAGAUGCCGAAGAUGAACUUUGCAAAUGUAUUUAUUGGUGCCAAUCCCCUGGCUGUCGACUUGCUGGAGAAGAUGCUUGUAUUGGACUCAGAUAAGAGAAUCACCGCAGCCCAAGCCCUUGCACAUGCCUACUUUGCUCAGUAUCAUGAUCCUGAUGAUGAACCAGUGGCCGAUCCUUACGAUCAGUCCUUUGAAAGCAGGGACCUCCUUAUAGAUGAGUGGAAAAGCCUGACCUAUGAUGAAGUCAUCAGCUUUGUGCCACCACCCCUUGACCAAGAAGAGAUGGAGUCCUGAGCGCCUGGUUUCUGUUCUGUUGAUCCCACUUCACUGUGAGGGGAAGGCCUUUUCAUGGGAACUCUCCAAAUAUCAUUCAAGUGCCUCUUGUUGCAAAGAUUUCCUCCAUAGUGGAAGGGGUGCGUGUAUGCGUGCGCAGUGUGCAUGUGUGUGUGUUAAUGUGUGUGCAUGUGUGUGUCUGUCUUUGUGGAAGAGUAAGAGCAUAAUAUGAGCAAACUAUGAUCACAGUGACUUUAUGUGGAGUUGUGGAUACUCCAUGGCAGCCUCUGCCUGCUUUAUCUGAAAGUUGGCUCAGGUAGAUAAGGGCUGCCAUCUUAUUAAGGAUAUGUUAAAUACAAGAAAAAAAAUUUAAAUGUCCCUAUUCUGGUCAUGCUUUUGCCACUUCGGCCUCUCCUGUGGCCCCACCUUGAUGGUAGGGAGUAGACUUGGUCACACACCACAGUGGCACAGAAAGAAGGCUCGCACCUUCUGGCUACUUCAGGUCUGAAGCAGGCCAGCGACGCAGACAGUCGAAAGGACCAACUGGCUGCUGUGCACUAGCCUGUGAGCAUCUUGCUUAUUAUGGGUCUCAGAACUUGACAGAAUAUGUCUGAAACUGUAAAUAUGUUUGUGCCUUAAGAGGAGAGAAGAUGGUAUAGUUCGUUAAAAGACCGCAACUGCUGAAGUUCUGAGCCAGCCAAGUAGACAGGGCUGUUGGACAGCUACUUGUGAGCCCGAAGCAGCCAGGCAGCCUUCCGAGGCAGCCAUGUGUGCGCAUGCAUAUAUGUGCUUUUCUUUCUCCCUCACCCCCAGGUGUUGUUGCCAUUUCUCUGCUCACCCCUCACCUUUGGUGCAGAGGUCUCUUGAGUAUUGGCCCCAGUAGUCAGAUGCAAGUUCCCGCUCUCAGUGUGCUUCCUGUGUGCUCUUGAUUUCUAGCAGAAUGAGGAUGUGUCUUGCACGUCUUGCUGUUAGAGCAUGCACAGCUGCUCAUCCCUGUCUCUUCAGGAGGCCCUGUGAAGAUCUGUGUGGGUAGUGAAGCCCUGCGUCACCUUAGCUGAUAUUACAGAAGUGACUUCAUCCUCUAUUCAGCCCCCAGCGCUAUUUUGUGAUGAACACAAUUGAUACUCCAGGUGCUCUUGAUGUAAAAACCGUGGAAAAAAUGGAAUAGAUGGAUGUAUAGCAUUUUCAUUCUUGCCAUCUGGUUUUCAACAAACUUUUUGGGGAACUGUCAUGGAAAAGAUCAGGGUUUUUCCCAGGAAUAUCCCAAACUUUGGAAAACAAGUUGUCCUCUUCACUCCCAAUAGCCAGUGCUAAGACAUGAUGAAAAUCAAAGUGAAAAAUAAAAGCUCGUGAGGCCAGAAACUCCUUUUGCUAUCUUUCUCUAAAUGAUUAUUUU